AUGGCGGGUGUGGGUGCGGGCCGGGCGCUGCUGCUGCUGCUGCUGCCGGCGCUGCUCCUGGCGGCCGGAGCGCUGGGCAAACCCACGGCGCGGCAGGAGCGGGCGCGGCCCGGAGCCCAGCACGACGACCGGCCCGGCUUCCAGUACGACCACGAGGCCUUCCUGGGCAAGGAGGAGGCGCGGAGCUUCGACCAGCUGAGCCCGGAGGAGAGCCGGGAGCGCCUGGGGAAGAUUGUGGAUAGAAUAGAUGACAACAAAGAUGGUUAUCUCACGACAGAGGAGUUAAAAACCUGGAUUAAGCGGGUACAGAAACGCUAUAUCUAUGAAAACGUGGCUAAAGUUUGGAAGGACUAUGAUCUAAACAAGGACAAUAAAAUUGCCUGGGAAGAAUACAAACAAGCCACAUAUGGUUAUUAUCUAGAAAAUCCAGAAGAAUUCCAAGAUGCAACUGAUCAGCACAGUUUUAAGAAAAUGCUGCCCAGAGACGAAAGACGAUUCAAAACUGCAGAUCUGGAUGGAGACCUGGCUGCCACUCGUGAAGAAUUCACUGCCUUCCUCCACCCAGAGGAGUUUGAGCACAUGAAAAACAUUGUUGUCCUAGAAACCCUGGAAGACAUAGACAAAAAUGGAGAUGGUUUCGUGGAUCAAGACGAAUACAUUGCUGAUAUGUUUGCAAAUGAAGAGGGUGGACCAGAGCCUGAGUGGGUGAUUACAGAGCGUGAACAAUUUGCAGAUUUUCGUGACCUCAACAAGGAUGGAAAGAUGGACAAAGAUGAGAUUCAGCACUGGAUUCUCCCACAAGACUAUGAUCACGCCCUGGCUGAAGCCAGGCACUUGGUCUAUGAGUCUGAUGUAGACAGGGAUCAAAAACUAACGAAAGAGGAGGUUCUUGACAACUGGAAUAUGUUCGUUGGAAGUCAAGCUACUAAUUAUGGAGAGGACCUCACAAGAAACCACGAUGAACUAUGAUAGGAAUACUAACCAGGAUGCUACACCCCUUUUCUCCACUUUACUGAAAUCACUGUGCCCAUCCCUUCUUUCAGGGGCAGAUGGGCAAGGGACACUCACGACUGAAUGACUUGCAUUAAUAUAUUUUUAACAUGCCAGCUUAUUACCUCAGAAACCGCUUAGAAAUAGCUUUUUACUCUUUUCAGAUGGUUAAAUACAAUAUAUAGUUAAUACAGUUUUAUUUUUGAAAAAAAUAAAAAGGUAACUUCUCUGAGUAGAUUAGAGCCUGAUAAGGAAAAGGCACUUCUAAAAAACAUAAUUGCAAGGAGGUUUAAUAGUGAAAUAUUUUCUUCAAAUACCCUCUUUUACCAUAGUGAAAUGCAGCUAGGGUUAGGAAGAAACCUAAUGUUUAAACAGAUUAAGUUGUUUAGUUGUCUUUUUUAAUAGCAUACAACAACUUAAAGUUAAGAUUUUGAUCCAGAGAAGAGGUUUGAUACAACCUUUGUCUCCACGCAGUUUUUUGUCUCCCACUUUGGGUCAGAGGUGCUGCAGGAGGUAUCAUCUGG